AAUAAUAUCUUCCCCCAAUCUCUCUCUCUCUCUCCGGCCUCUUUCUUCCGAACUUCUUAGCCAGUCAAGCCUUUCUUUUGAUGCUUUCCGUGGUGGUUUGAUGAUGUUCAUCGGAAAAAGCUUCGAAGAGGUUCAUUUUUGAAGAUGAAAUGUAUGGCUUCCUUGCUACAGUACACAAGGGUAUGAUUCCGAAUUACUUUCCUGUUUGAAUCCGGUUGGUUGAUGGGGGCUGUUCCAGCAAACAAUGAUGAUGUUCGGGGUAGAGGGUUGGUUGAACAAAAUAGCCAUAUAAGUUGUGAUCAAAAGCAAGUGACUAAUGGGGUAGUUGGUGAAGGCCAAGGUUUGCAAUCGUUAGAGGAAGAUGAGUUGAGAAUUAAUGAGGUAACUCAAGAAGUAAGCAAUGGGCCCAGGGCUUUGAUUCAGGUUCACGAUGGGUCUCAGAUACUGCAACAACAGCCUCAAGGACCUUUUAUAUGUUGGGAGAGGUUUCUUCCUAUCAGAUCUUUGAAGGUUCUGUUGGUGGAAAAUGAUGAUUCUACGCGCCAGGUUGUCAGUGCUCUGCUUCGAAACUGCAGCUACGAAGUCACUGCUGUUGCUAAUGGUAUCCAAGCAUGGAAAAUCUUAGAAGAUCCAACUAAUCAUAUAGAUCUCAUCCUAACAGAGGUUGUCAUGCCUGUUUUAUCUGGAAUUGGACUUUUAUGCAAGAUUAUGAGUCACAAAAGUCUAAAGAAUAUUCCCGUGAUUAUGAUGUCAUCCCAUGAUUCAAUGGGUAUAGUCUUCAAGUGUCUCUCAAAAGGUGCAGUUGAUUUUUUAGCAAAACCAAUUCGGAAAAAUGAACUUAAAAACCUCUGGCAGCAUGUUUGGAGGAGAUGCCACAGCUCUAGUGGCAGUGGGAGUGAAAGUGGGACACAAACAAGAAAAUCUGGAAAAUCAGAAAGUGAUGAUGGGUCUGAUAAUAAUACUGGCAGCUGUGAUGAGCAUGAUAAUGGAAGUAAUGGACUAAGUCGGGAUGGAAGUGACAAUGGAAGUGGAACUCAGAGUUCGUGGACCAAAAGGGCGGCUGAAGUUGAAAGUCCCCAACCAAUAUCUCCUCCAGAUCCAGAUCAAAUAGCUGAUGGUCCUGAUAGCACCUGUGCCCAGGUGACUCAUACGAAGCCUGAAAAAUUUAGCAACAGGUGGGUGCAUGUUACUGAAACAAAAGAGUGCCCUGAACAGGAUGAGCAACGCGACAAUGUUGCAUUUGGUAAAAACUUGGAAACAGGAGUAUCUAAACAUCCAGAUUCAAGACAUGAAUUUCAACAUGAGAUGUUAUCUAUCCAUCUAAGCAGUAGAGGCCAGAAUAUUUUGCCUAACGGAGACAGUAAGCCAUUUGAUAGCGAUAAGUCAAAGCACAACAGCGAGAAUGCUAUCAGCAAGCCAGAAAACCCAUCUUCCAAUAUGGUUAGUGCAGUUGUCAAUUCUACUUAUCUCGAGGCUGAAAGCAGAGACUUUGACACUCCGAAUGGCCUUUCUGAUAUAUCACAAACCAAAGCACAUUGUGAUUCUAGACAACUGCCGUCCCUUGUACUAACUUUGAAGAGGAUGAGAGAGGAUGUUGAAAAUGUUGCACAUGAUGACCGCAAUGUUCUUAGACAUUCAGAUCUGUCAGCAUUCUCAAAAUACAAUACAGCCUCUUCUGUUAAUAGGGCUCAUACAGGGAAUGUUGGGAGCUGUUCUCCACUUGAUGAUAAUUCAGCCGUGCAGAAUACAGGGGCAACACAUAAUUUUCAAUCUCAUCCAAGUGGCAAUCUGCCAAAUCAGCAUUCUAAUGGGAGUAGCAACAACAAUGAUGUGGCCUCCACCGAUAAAUGUGUUAUUCCUAAGCUAGAAGUCUACGAUGAGAAGCCAGAGUCCAUAUCAGCAUUCAAAUCUUUUCAUUCCUCCACAUUCGAAUCUGUGCAGAAUACACCUGGGAAGGCAACUAAUGUGGAAGUUAACAAGGUUCAAGCCCAAACAAGGGGCUCAAAACAGCAGGUCCAGGUCCAGCACCACCACCACCACCACCACCAUUAUCAUCAUCAUGUCCACAACUUGCAGCAGCAUCAACUACAGCAAGACGGCAGUGAUGUCUCCCGGAAGAACAUGGCUGGAGCUUCUCAGCAAUGUGGAUCAUCGAAUGUGUUAGGAGACCCUGUUGAAAGUAAUGCAGGAAACUAUAGUGUGAAUGGAAGUUCUUCUGGAAGUAACUAUGGCAGCAAUGGACAGAACGGAAGCAGCACUGCCUUGAAUGCUGGAGUAACAAACGUACAAAGUGAAAAUGGGGCAGCUGGAAACUUUGGAGCUGGGGCAAUUAGUGGGAAAAAUAGUGGGAAUGGAUCAGAUGAAGAACGGGUGGCGCACAGAGAGGCUGCACUAAACAAAUUUCGUCAGAAAAGGAAGGAGAGAUGCUUUGAAAAGAGGGUUCGAUACCAAAGCAGGAAAAAACUUGCAGAACAACGGCCUCGUAUCAAGGGACAAUUUGUUAAACAAACAAGUUCUGACAAUAAGGCAGGACAAGACUGUCAGAGCAAAGACCAUGUAUCUGGGGAUAUUUCUUCUGACAGUUUACAAUAACAAGAGCUGGAGUGCAGAUUUCUAACCCUUGUUUCUGACCAAUCCUUCUAGGUUUGUGUACAUGGAACUAGCACUAGAUUGGAAUGUAAGGAAAUGAUUGUUAGAUUGGCUGUAGAAGGCUUUUUUGGGUAGUGGUAUUACUAUCUUUGUGAAAAUGAACAUUUGAUUGAGAACUUAAGAACGUGCUUGCAGCCUUUAUUUUGUGUUUGUGUAAGUUGAUGGAUUUCUGGGAAGGGUUACCCUUUUAUGUAGGUUAACCUGUCCACGAAAUAAAGCUGUUUUUAGAGUACAAGUGAUUCGAAUAUUUUCAGUUUUA